AAAAAAUCGAUCGAGGUCGAGUCCCAAAACCCGCUUUGAACUCGGUGGAAAAACGACGAGCCAAUCUGCAGGAGGGCUCAAGUGGCGUGAAGGUUCGCUCUGCAGCCGUGAUUGGCGGGCAAGCCACUUGCUCGGCGGCGGACUCUUGGCCUGGCAGCAGAGGGCCAGAGCGCAGAGGGGCUGCCCAAUACAAGCUCGUAGCUCUUUGCGGCAGGCAGCCAGAGCGCGGAGGGGCUGCCCCCAACAGUAACUGCGGCAGGAAUACCGUGCAUGGGGCGCCGUCGACUGCUGCCCCUGCUCCUCGCAGUCCUCGCAGCGGUCGCCACCGCCGACGAGCUCGAGAAGCCCGCGGGCGAGGCCCAGCAGGUCGAGCUGGCCACGACACCGGCGCCGACGCCCGUCCCGGUCUGCAAGGGCGGCUGCCCGCCGAACUGCAACUACCCGCGGCUGUGCAAAAUCCACCAAACGACCUACAAGUGCCGCUGCGCGAGUUGCGAGCAGUGCGAGGGCGUCAAGCCCGUCGAGAACACGGGCACGGGCAAGGAAAUCUUCAAGCGCCGCGUCGUCGGCCCGCCGAAGAAGUGACCAUGCUCUGGCCCGAGCGGAAGCAGGAGCGCCUCUACUGGUGGGGCUGGUCGGCGCACGGCCAGUGCGGCGCCAAGGCCGACCGCGUCGCCGUCGCGCGCGCGCCGGCCGAGCUCACCGCUCCCGGUCCGCUGCGCGACGCCGCGGCGUCGGCCUUCGACUCCGUCGUCGUCGACCACGGCGGCGGCGUGUGGCAGUGCGGCAAGGGCGUGGCUACGAAGGAUAAGCCCGUCGCGCCCGUGAAAAUCCCGCUGAGCGUCAAGGCCCUGCGCGUGGCGGCGGGCCGGGGCUUCGCCGCCGCCGCGCUGGUCGACGGCCGCGUCGCCUGCUGGGGCGCGAACGAACGGCAGCAGUGCGGCGUGGCCGAGCCAAAGGUCGCGCUGGUGGCUCAACCCGCCUUCCCGGCCGUCGACGGCGUCGUGGAGGUCGCGUGCGGCGCGGCCUUUGUGGUGGUGGUCCGCGCGGACGGCUCCGUCUACACGUGGGGUGCCAUCUGCGACCGGGCGACGGCGCCCGCGGCCGUGAGUGGCGUGACGGCCGUCGCCUGCGCGGCGGGCGACCACCACGCGCUGCUCCUCGACCGCGCGGGCCGGGCCUCGUCGUGGGGCGUUGCGGCGACGGGCCGCCUCGGCCGCGGC